AUGGCUCUUAUUUGCAACAAAGUUCCCCCGGCUAGCGGAGCCACUCUGAUGAGUCUCUCUACUGAGCUUCUGUGCAUGGUUGCUGCAGAACUUGGUAUGUCUGACGUGGGUCGACUUGUCCGCUGUAACAAACGCCUUAACGCCGCAAUCACUCCGUUUUUAUAUCGAUUCAAGGUCAAGCCUUAUUUGUGGAAAAAGAUGGCCGGUAUAAAACCAGGCCAAUACGCAUAUAAAUCCCCAGUAGCAACAUGGGAAACCGCCCACAUGACCAGCAUGCUUGUUACUCAUACCCCCCUCGAAUGGGCUGCCGUGAUGAACCUGGGUAGUGCUAUCACCAGAAUGAUAGGACCCAAGCCGGACCGAAACUUCUUUGUAGACAUGCAUUUUGGAAACGCUUUGGAGUUGGCAUCUAUGGUUGGCAGUGCAGCUGCUUUGAAAGCACUUGCAGCCACUCACACUGGGAGAUGGCCUAGGGGCAAAUGGGGUUAUUAUCCCAUGCAUCAGGCGGCUUUCAACGACCAUAUUGACGCUAUUCAGGUUCUACUUGAUGCUGGUUGCCCCAUAAAUAAGUUUGAUGACCGUCAUAUGACUCCUCUUGCCGUGGCUACAGCUCGCAAGAAGAUCGCUACUGCGGGAUUCCUCCUGGAGAAGGGGGCUCGGAGAACCAAACUCUGCCGUGAUGCCCAACUUGCGCUAGCUACACUCCUUGGAGAACCGCUACCUGAUCAAGAGAGCGAUAAGGCUACCAACUAA